AUGUCUAACCAAGCAAAUCGACUGGAAUGGAGUGCACGUACUGGGGGUGAUCUGGAGUACGUGGCAAUGCUUCGAAACUCUGAAAUCACUUCAACGAUCAUACCGCCUACCCAAAGAGAGCAGCUAAGCAUCCUUAAUCACCUCCCGCGUUGGGAUCUCGACAACAAGAUUCACACACUGUUCACAAAAGACAAAUGGCCACAACUAAGUCCAGAAGGUUACUCUCUACUACUUCCAGCUCUGAGAAUCGCAUCAAAAUUCAUGACGGAGCCUUCACUUCUGGGCUGGUGGAGACAUACUUUGUUCGGUCAUCCGAUCUCUGUAGAGGGGAAGCGAUAUUUAGCACAUAGCGAAUACGAACAUACCGCUGAUGCAAACCGUCGACUGCGCGAAUUCCUUGAGAAAAUACUGCCCCAGGGCUUGCGAUUCAAAUUCCAUAACCUGGACAAAAUGGGUUUGGGCAUUGAUGCCUGCACUUUUGGCACCGAGGCUACGUACCAGCAGUUUCAAUGCGGACACGAAGCAGGUUACACAUAUCCCUUCUAUGACAAACCAACCGUUGUGUUGCAUAUUCAGUUCUGGGUUAGUUUGGUUGUCGUGGAACACAAAUUCCCGACUGAGCUCAAUACUCUGUACCUCAAGAUUGCCAUUACGCUUUGCCAUGAACUUGCGCAUUUGGUCUGGAAGUAUCGUAUUCAAAUGGAAUUACCACCCUGGUCCCCCCACAAAGCAUUUGCAGAACCGCUGCACACUAAAGAUGAGCGGGUCGCUGAGCUGGGACUAUCCUGGGAGCUUCAUGUUUUCGGCGGCAAACUCUCCACAAUAGACUGGCCAGGGACAUCCAUAACGAUCUACCUCUAUGGGAGCAACCUAGGCAACUCGCCGUCUCGGCAAAUAGCCGUCAUCGUUCCCAACUGGUGGAUCAACAUCUGGUCGUCAACACACACAUGGCACAACUUUGCAAAAUUCCGUGCCACUGGCCAGCUCCGGCUACCAACCGAAGCCGAGAGUGGGUAUGCUUUGCACAACAGGGCACUUGGCAACACGACAGUCUGGUCACUCUACCACGAGGGAAGACCAAUACUUCACCACUGUCGCCGCCCAGAUCAAUCUACCAGGUGCUUCUGGGUUGUUAUGAGGCCCUUCAUCCAGAAACUCAGCGCGCAAUACGAAGCUCGAACCGCCGCGCUCGCCUUGGACUCUGACGAAACCGGUGGAAAGCCUCGUCAACCGCUGUCAUGCGCAAUGCUCUUUGCAUCCAAUUUUCACGGCCUCUUCGUUGCGCCAGACUUUGUCGACCACUUAUCUCCGGAUUCCCUGCGCCAGAAGGUCGCCGGUGCCAAUCUAUGCAGGUAUCCCUGUCCGCAGCUAAGGCUGCAGCAGAAUCAACAGAAUGCGCCACCAGUGCAGCCCGAAGAUGAAAUGUUGGAUAGUCAUGUGCCAUAG